AAUGGAAGAACAUGGGAAGGAUCAUCCCAACCCCAAAAAUGCCUGAAACGGGCAUUCAAAUUUUUUAGGGGAACGGAGCCUUAAGAGCUGAGCUUUUCUUUGUUGCCAUUUUCCGCCUCAUACGAGAAAGGAAGCAGCAAGAACUCACUCUCUCACUCACACUCUCUCAAUCUCCUCUUUGCUUCUCUCUUUCUCCUCCUCCUUUCGAUUCGAGCGAGCUAAAGAACAACUUCCAGGAACUCUGGACGAGAAACCUUGUUUGGUUUGGAGGGGAGGAUCGAUUUAGAUUGAUCAUAUAAGGAGCGCCCACAUUUCUAUUUGGGCGAUUGCGCGACCCAUUUUGGUCCGCCCAGGUCGGCUGGAAAUCGUCCACUGCCAAGGACCCAUUUGAGCAACCGACGAGGAUGAUGGAGGUGGCGAGCACAUUCGUCGACAAGUCCCAGCAGCAGCAGCAAGAGAGCGGCGCGGCUAAGAGGGCGGCGGCGGUGGCGGCGUGGGAGCCCGAGACUGGCAGCAUUCUCGACCCGUUUCAUAUCGAGGACCUCUUGGAUUUCUCCAACGAGGACAUUGCCGGGCCGAUUGGCGAGGAAGCCCACCACCAGAAUUCCAUCGCUGCUGCCAGCGCCGCUCCCAUUGCUCCUCCCUCCGCGCAACCACACCACCAGCACCACCAGCACCACCAUGGCAUCGAGCAACAGCCCAGCAACGAAUUCCCCAUCGAUUGCGAUGAGAUGCCCGAGCUGGAAUGGCUCUCGAGCCUCGUUGACGAUGACACUUUCACCAACAUGGGCGAUGAAUUGCACAAGAGUAUGUUCAUCGGGAGCAAAGGAUCGAGCUUCGCAAGCUCCUCCAUCAUCAACAGCAGCGCCGCCACCAACACCACCACCACGAACAAGAGAAACAUCGACAGCCUCCUCCUGCUGGACGACAUCACCGCCGCCACCACCACCACCACCACCACCACCACGAUCGCUACGACGGGCAGCAAAGAUAAGUUCCAAGUCGGGAGUCCCAUCUCGGUGCUGGAGAGCAGCAGCGCCACCUCGGGCAGGCUGGCGGCCGCCAAGGACUUGUCCGUGCCGGGGCGGCCCCGGAGCAAGCGGCUGCGCAGCUCCUCGACAUGGAACACGAGCUCCUCGUCGCUCAUCAAUCCGGGCAGCAGCAGCAGCAGCGGUGGCGGUGGCGGCGACGGUGUCGUGGGUGGCGGCGGCGAGGCCAUCAUGAUCAUCAACACCACCACCGGGAACAAUGUGACGAGCUUCUCGUCGUCCCCGGCCACGAGCUCCAUCUCGGACAAGGACCUGGCGUCCUCGGACGAGCAAGACGCGGUGGAGUCGUCCACUAUCAAGCCCGACACCAUCACCGCCGCCGGCUCGACCUCCUCCGCCACCUCCCCCUCCUCCUCCUCCGCCUCGUCGCUGUGCAACACCAACAAGACCUCCAUCGCUGCGGUCGCCACCGGCAAGCCGCCACUGGGCUCCUCGAUCAUCGCGUCCACGAACGGCCCAGCCGCCGGAGGAGGAAUGACAAUCGGAGGAGUGGAAGUCCAGCCACGGAGGUGUACGCACUGCUUGAGCCAGAAGACCCCGCAAUGGCGAGCCGGGCCCGAGGGGCCCAAGACGCUGUGCAACGCGUGUGGCGUGAGGUUUAAGUCGGGCAGACUCUUCCCCGAGUAUAGGCCGGCUCUCAGCCCGACCUUCCUGUCCGAGGUCCACUCCAAUUCCCACAGGAAGGUGCUAGAGAUGCGGCGCCAAAAGGAGUCGUCACAUCCGCGCUUCUUGGGCCCGAGCCCGCGCAGCCCGAGCUUGAGCCCGAGCUCCAGCUCGGCCCCGGCACCGACCGGUGGAGAGGUCCUAGACGGUGGCUUGAUUUACAACGUCGUGCAGAGCUAGGCGAGAGAGAGAGCGGAGGCUUUCUGGCAAGGAUACAGGAGAACCAUGUCUCUGGGAUGGUUUUGGCUUUGCGAAAGUUGGCGGAGAGCCCAGUUUUGGGAUUGGAUUCAUUGGAUUGAUCACCAAUUCGUGGUCUGCUACUACAACAGAGCUCUCGGGCAUUUGUGUUGGAGAUGGGAGAGCUCGAGCCGAGACGAGCGAGGAAAGUCUGUAGAAGGGACGGGGAAGCAUCCGUCCGUGUGCCGGUCUGGUCGGUCAGGGCAGGAUUGAUUGUCCAUUGCAGAUUCAAUGGGGCAGGGCAGGGGUGCCAGCAUACGGUGCGAGUACGGAACUUAUGCCGUGUGAUCGGUGAUCUUCUUCUCUCUCUUUCUCUGGCGCCGCUCGCUUUGGUUUUCUUUUCUGGUGGACUUGUCGGUGAUCGAUCAUCGUCAUUGUCAUCGAAGUUGAGUCGAGUCGAUUCCAUUCUCUCUCUCCCUCUCUUUCUCUCUACUUCAUAUUUUUUUUUUUGCUUUUCUCCCAGCUCUCCCUUUCCAACGUAGAUGGCUAGCAAAGCUACUUAGUUUAAGUUCUGUGCCCUCCAGGGACAGGCCUUGUCUUCCAGCUUUAAGUUAAGAGAUUGAUGAUGAAGAAAGUUGAUUGAUUCUAAACUC